GAACAGAAACUGGAUAUAAACCUCAUCGAGUGGGGCAUGGUCAGCUCUGUUCGUAAAGAAUCACAGCACACAUAAGGCCCAUGUUCACAACCUUGUCUUGUAUUCCCUCCUCAUUGAUUGUUGAUGCUCAAAGAAUCAAGAUCGAUGGACCGCGACAGGUCUGCGGUCCGCGCAUUAUCAAUAUCGAGCCUCGGGGACACUUAAAAGUGCCGAGGCCUUGGAUAAAUCUCGACUUUAAUCAUGACAAUCUGGAUACAAGUGUGCCAUCUGAUCCGCAAUCACAAGCCCCAAAUCCGCAUCAUUUCCUCCGUCGAGUUUUUCGAUCCGCCUGGCGUCUGGAUGAACCACGAAGUCCGAGUCCACACCAUUCCGCAGCGGCCCACCAAUGCACGCUGUCCGAACGACCCUGGCCCAGCGAUAUCCGGAGAUAAUCAAGCGCCAAAGAAGACCGAGCCACCAUGUGCUCACCCUUGUGGUCGCCAGGCCACCAGCAGGCCCCCGCGCAUGGUCCCCGAAGUCCCAAACAUGCUAUCUUCCUCAAUCGACCAUGUUCCGCCGUGCGAAUCUCCGUGACCCACGCGGUGCCCCCCUGCCCCACCUGUUAGAAAAGCGCGGCGCGUCGACUCGUCGCCGUCUGCAAGAUGAAGAUGAUCGCCCUGCUCCCCCCGCUGCUGCUGGCCCUCGCCACGUCGGUCGUCGCGACGGCGAACCCCGCCGCCCCGCUGAAGCACAAGUUCGUGUCGAAGAUCAACCCCGAGGUGACGCUGCGCGUGGUGAACAACUCGGGCAUCUGCGAGACGACGCCCGGCGUGAACCAGAUUUCGGGGUAUGUCGAUAUUGGGACGGGCAUGUCGGUGUGGUUCUGGUUCUUUGAGGCGCGUACCGCACCCGCGACGGCGCCUUUCACGCUGUGGAUCAACGGCGGUCCUGGAUGUGCGUCUGAGAUCGGCUUGUUCCAAGAGAACGGCCCGUGCACGGCCAACUCGAACGGACGCAGCACGACAGUGAACCCGUACAGCUGGAACACCGUCAGCAACAUGAUCUACAUUGACCAGCCGAUCGGCACUGGCUUUUCGCACGGCACGGACACGGUGGUUUCGACCCAGACUGCAGCAGAACAGUUCUGGCAAACUUUCCAGAUCCUCUUCGAGAGCGGACAGUUCUCGAAGUACGCGAGUCGGGAGUUCAUCUUCGCAACUGAGUCCUAUGGCGGACACUACGGCCCCGCGUUCGUCUCGUACUUCAACUCGCAGAACGCAGCAAUCUCCGCUGGCACCGUCACUGGCAUUCCCAUCGUCGUCAGCGCGCUCAUGAUCAACAACGGAUGGAUCGACCCGCUCAUCCAGAACCUCGCAUAUGUGUCCUUCGCUGCCAAUGCACCUGGCUACGGAGCACUGGCCUCGCGCUCCACGAUCACGCAGAUGAACAACACCUACUACCAGAGUGGAGGAUGUCUUGCGCAGCAGACCAACUGCUACAACGCCGGCACCGGCACCUCGUCGAACCGGAUCUGCAUCAAUGCCGACAACUUCUGCGGCUCGAUGUUCUCUGACGCGGUCGGGAACCGGGACCCGUACGACCUCCGCCAGGACUCGAGCGAGGCUUUCCCGCCCGAGUACUACGUCAACUAUCUCCAGCAGCGCAGUGUCCAGACCGCUAUCGGGGCUGAAGUGACUUACCAGGAGUGCCCGAAUGCACCGUACCAGAAGUUUGCGACCACCGGAGAUGACGCACGGACCUGGCUGCCGCAGCUCGGCCAGCUGGCCAACUCGACGAUGAAGAUCUUGAUCUGGGCCGGCGAUGCUGAUAUCAUCUGCAACUGGGUCGGCAACCACGAUGCGGUCCUCGCGAUGAACUGGUACGGCAAGGCCAAGUUCGCCGCGCAGACGUUCACGAACAUGACCCUGAACGGCACCCCCAUCGCUGCCAUCAAAAACGUCGACAACUUUUCCUUUGCUCGGGUAUAUGGUGCUGGACACGAAGUCGCUGCGUUCCAGCCCGCCGCGUCGCUCGAGCUCUUCAAGCAGGUCAUCGCGAAGCAGCCCCUGCAUUCCGUUUAGAUAUUCAUGUAGUUUGUUCUUGGUUACGUCGGGGUCUUGUAUUCUUUCAUGGUCAAUCAACCGGUGAAUGCCCGAGCGUGGAAAAUAUGCGCUGCGCAGCUCCCAGAAACUGGCCCAUGCUAAACAUGAAUGAUGAGUUCUGGAUUUCCCUUCCAUUCAUGGGUUCAGGGCUGCUUGCGGCCGCA